GUUCCUCCAACUCAUCCCAGAAUAAUGGGUCUUCGACUACUAGUCAAGGACUUAGUACUGGAGCACGAACUGGUCUAGCAUUUGGGAUAAUGUUUCUCUUAAUAUUCUGCGCAAUGCUAGUGUGUUACUUGAGGAAGCGAUCUCGUAGGGCUCGGGAGAGUGUCAAUUAUGGACCUACCCUUCUGUCCUCAGAAGUGAGUCAAUACCGUCCCCCCGACUCUGCUACAUCUCUAGAGAGAGAUCUUCCACGUCCGCCUCAACUGGAUACUGUAUCUCCUAAUUCACCUGAUAUCUCGCAUUCCUCUUCCCUCUCAGCAAUUUCAAGCGCCGCUCCCUUACUGAGCGAUAAUUCACAUCCAAGUUCACACCAUUACAGCGCAUUGUCGCAGGCAUCAGAUUCUCACCUGAUAGCUACUCAAAACGCGCCUAUUCUCCCAAAUCCCUACGACCCAUUCUCGGCACCCGCCCGCUCUGCGUCAUACAUAUCCACGGCUUCUUCUGUAACACAUUCGAUACCCCAUGGUGCUCUGAUUCCCGCGAGUGCUGCAAUGAUGGACAUAUUUGCUACGCCUGUGGCUGGUAGUUCAAGCAACAUCCAGCCCGAGCGCCAGCCUUCUGCGCUUCACACAGAUAUGACCCGACAUCAGAAACAACUUGAACUCGACCACAGGAAGCUGAGUCUUGAUGCUCAAGAGGCACAGGACCCUCCACCGCAAUAUCGUUCCUGACUGUAAUCACGGACUGUAAUGUGAUAAUUGAACACUUUCCCACUAUUUAGCUGUUCUCACAUAGAUACCAAUGUAUGACCUGAACUAGUAGUAGCAGCAAAGCUUGAGGUUUCAUUCGUAGCCUGUUUCUACUUGUUGUUUGCUGAUCGUUGUCUAUAUUCUUCUGGUUAUUUCAUGCAAGGACGG